AUGGCAGACGGAACGCCUGAACCUACGCACGACACCGGCGACCAGCCCACCGGGACGAACAUAGGGACGCAGGGCCCCAAUCUAAUCUCAGAUCGACCCGGCGGCAUGGCGAACCCCGCGUCUGCUGUGCGACGGCGCAUCAGUAUCCCAGCUAUCCUCGCGACUCUUCUAUACUUUGCUACGACUUCGAGGGCGUUUCUGUCCAUUCCCUACAAUACCACAGAUUACUUUGGACCGGAUGGGCCGUGGCAGGCGGUUUCGCUGGGUCUGAAGUAUCCAGCGGAUGAGGACUACUCACCAGUCAACGUGUACCCGAGCAACCUGUACAACACAAUCGCCGCGCUGUACGUGCCUACAAGCCAGGCGUGCCAGAAUGACACCACCGGCAGCUGCGCAGCGGGAGGAACAGUCAACUCGCUAGCCUACACCAACGGCUCAUCAUGGUACACAUAUCUCAAUGAGAAGACCGGCUACUAUUUCUACUACAAUGGCAGCACCGCCUACAUGGACGCCCUUCUGCCUCAAGGUAUUGUGGCCUCUGGAACCAUCGUCGACGUCUGUAAAAUCGCCGAGGUCACCUACCCGAACGGUAACACUGUACCGGCGGAGGUGGGACUUAUGGGAUUGGGUGGCAGUCCGCUUGCCAGGAAGUACAAUCCACCUCUAGCGGUGUAUCAGGACGAUGUCACUCAGUCGAAUACGUAUGGGCUCCAUAUUGGAUCAGCACAAUUCAAGUACCCGGGCUCGUUGAUUCUUGGAGGAUAUGACAGGGGCCGUGUCAUCGGGCCCGUUCUCUCGUUCGACGCACACUCCCAGCUUGGUCUGCUGGACAUCAUGAUCGGUGUUGAAGCUGGAGGCAGCCCGUUUCCAUUCGAGUCGAAGCAGAAUCUGCUGAAGGCCCCGGAAUCCGCCGGCGUCACGCAGCCGAUCGAAUCUUAUCUCAAGCCCGAAUACCCGUACAUAUACCUCCCCCAACAAUCCAUCCAAGCCAUCACGGAGAACUUGCCAGUGAAAUUCGACUCGAGCGCUGGCUACUGGCUCUGGGAAACCUCCGACCCAUCCUACAAGAAAAUCGUCGGUGGCGCAGGAUACCUAGGCUUUACCUUUCCCUCUCUAACCGGCAACACCGCCAACGAAACCAUCAAAGUCCCCUUUGCGCUCCUCAACCUGACUCUCGAAAGCUCCAUCUCCGGUUUGGACAGCGAUGUGCCCUACUUCCCCAUCAUGGAAGCCCGGAUCUCGCAAGUCGACGGAUAUCCUAUCCUGCUUGGACGGGCGUUCAUGCAAGCGACGUUCACCGGCACGAACUGGGGAACGAAUGUUAGCUGGUUAGCGCAAGCGCCUGGUCCCGGAGCGAACAAGGAGGGGCUGGGCUACGAUCCAGUCGAUAUCACGGACGUCACCCAAACGCUAGAUGUACCGUCCGGCGACGACCUCUUCCGGCAGUCAUGGGAGGGUCACUGGACUGUCCUGCGCACAGAUUCCGAGCUCAACGCCAUCGGUAGCGGCAACGGCAACGGCAAGGACGACAACGACGACAGCGGCCUCUCCAGCGGCGCAAUCGCCGGCAUCGUCGUCGGCGUAGUAGCAUUGCUAGCCAUCAUCGCCGCAAUCAUCUUCCUCCUCCUCCGCCGCCGCAAACGCAACGCCACCGCCGCAGCGACCGCACCAGCCCCACCGGGCUACCACGACGACAAGCAAGGUCCUGCGCCAACGUACGCGCAUUACGAUGGCGAAGCGCAAUCGCCUCCCGUCAGCGAGCUGUACGGCGCGUAUAAACCCGUGCCGCAGCGGGAGCAGUGGCAUGAGGUGGAUGGGAUGUCGUAUCAUGCGGAGUUGCCUGGGAAUGCGCCGCAGGAGUUACCUGCGAAGUGA